AUGUGUGGUUUUAAAGAGGAUAAAAUAUCACAUCAGGUUAUAAACUGGCAUGUGUCUGAAGAUAAGCAAAAGGAAAUUGAAAAUAGACGACAAGUCCUUGCAGAGGAAUUAGUUUAUUACAGGCAGAGAAUUGAUGGAGACAUCCUAAUUGGUGUUGAGUGUUCCAAGAUCUCUCACACUCUGCACUUUGAUUUUGCUCAUCCUGUGCUUCCCAACAUCAUCUAUGUUGGAGGCAUAACGGACAAACCUGUUAGACCAAUACCUCAAGACUUAGAGGAUUUUAUCAUUAAGUUUGGAGACUCAGGUUUUGUCCUUGUGGCACUGGGCUCCUUAGCAACCCAGCAUCAGACCAAGGAACUUAUUAAGGAGAUGAACAGUGCCUUUGCUUGCCUCCCUCAAGGGGUGGUGUGGGCAUGUAAGGAUGCUCAUUGGCCCAAAGAUGUCAGUAUGGCUCUAAAUGUCAAACUCAUGGAUUGGCUUCCCCAGACUGACCUUCUGGCUCAUCCUAGAAUUCGUCUUUUUAUCACCCAUGGGGGAACAAAUAGUCUAAUGGAGGCCAUCCAGCAUGGAGUACCCAUGGUGGGGAUUCCCUUCUUUGUAGACCAACCUCAAAACAUGGUCCUGGUAGAAGCAAAGAAAAUUGGUGUUUCUGUUCAGCUAGAGACACUCAAGGCAGAGACAUUUCCACUUACACUGAAAGAAGUCAUAGAAGUCAAGAGGUACAAGUCUGCAGCAAUGGCCACCAGGGCCAUCAGGUGCUCCCACCCCCUGACACCUUCCCAGCGUCUGGUGGGCUGGAUUGACCACAUCCUACAGACAGGGGGAGGAGCACAUCUCAAGCCCCAUGGCUUUCAACAGCCAUGGCAUGUGCAGAACCUGCUGGAUAUCCUAUUGUUCCUGUUGGGGCUCACUCUGGGCACCUGGUGGCUGUUGAAGAAAAUGCUGGGCUUGUUGCUCAGGUCCCAGGGUGUGGCCAGGAAGGAAAAGAAGGCAUAAUGUUAGGUUUACGUGGGGGAGGAUGU